GCGCGUACAAAACUAAUUAGGUGAACGUGUGAGGGCGCAAUUCAGACCACUAUUCAAGAUGUCUGCGCCCAGUCCGAAACCAACUCGUCCCCGAAGUACAAGGAUAAAACGAGCAGCAAGUCCUGCUUCAGCAGUAGUUGCCACGAAAAGGAAAAAGAGUCCAUUAACAGAAUCGAAGAAUGAAACCGAACCAGCUGAGCCUGCGGCACCUGCGAUAGAAGCACCAGCAGCUACAGCAGCUCCUGAGAUUCAACCGCAGCUAACACCAGCAACAACACCACAGGCUGCUGCUGCUGCUGAUGCCUUGUUACUGCCCCAGCGCCCUGUGCUACCAUUCAAAGAUCCAAAUUUCAUGCACUCUAGCAAAGGCCUGGCAACCAGUAAGAAGUCCAGAGUCUGGAAGACGCUCAAACAGAUCUCAUCAGCCGAGAGAGCACUGCCCUGGAAACCCGAUGAUGCUACUUAUAGCAGUAUUGAAGCCCCACCCUCCAUCAAACCAGCAAAGAAGUAUUCUGACCUCUCUGGUUUUCCGGCAAAAUACACGGAUCCCCAGACGAAGCUGAGAUACGCAGACGCUGAAGAAUUUUCACGAACCAGGAUGCUGCCCGCGGACAUUGUAACAGGAUUGUUGACUUUGAGGAAGGCUAACCCAGAAUUGCAGUAAUCAGUAAUUAGUUACUUGAACUGAUUGGAGGUGGGCCUAUUUGGGCUUGGAGUGACUCAACUACAUGGAUAAGCCCAUUUAAUAUAGUCACAGUAUGGACUCUGCAAGCACUGUGAAUAGUACUGAAUGAUCACUCACGUGAGCUCUAGUCUGUGUGAGACAUACAGUUUGAAGGCAUCUGUCUGUGUAUUAUGCGCAGAGUAUGCAUGACCAGUUUUCAUCUGAUAGUGCACAAACUGUAGCAUCUUCGUGAGGUCUACUGUAACAAUGGCAAGAAGUGUUUUGUCAUACCU